ACCCCACACACUGCACACGUUCAUUUACUGCUCGCUCUGUUUCACCCCCACACCUCUCUCUCCUCAUCUUCUCUCUCACAUGGAGAACCGGAACCAGAAGCGCAGCGAACGGUUUUCGAGCUCCGGUUCGAGAAGGAGCUUGAAGAGGAAGCUGGAAGAGGUUUUGGAGCACGAUCGGUCGAGGAUCGUGUCUCUCUCCGUCGAAGAAGCUCACCGAGAUCUCGUCGUCGAGGUCCGUGCUCAAGUGGAGAUUCUGGAAUCGUCGUUCUCUUCGACGGAGCAGGAUCGAGCUUCCUCCAAGCGAGCUAUCCACGUCCUGUCUGAGCUGGCGAAGAACGAGGAAUUUGUGAACGUUAUUGUGGAGUGCGGCGCAGUCCCGGGUCUGGUGCGGAAUCUUCUGCCGCCGGUUCCGGCGGGGGAAAGAGAUUCCGGUCCGAUACCGUAUGAGCAUGAGGUUGAGAAGGGGAGUGCCUUCACACUUGGGCUUCUUGCCAUAAAGCCAGAGCAUCAACAACUCAUUGUUGAUGCUGGAGCCCUGCCUCAUCUUGUGAAUCUUUUAAAGAGACACAGAGAUGGUCAAACCUCUCGGGCAGUGAAUGGUGUUAUCAGGAGAGCAGCUGAUGCAAUCACCAAUCUUGCUCAUGAGAAUAGCAACAUUAAAUCUUGUGUUAGGGUUGAAGGUGGGAUCCCUCCGCUUGUUGAGUUGCUUGAAUUUGUUGAUCCAAAGGUGCAAAGAGCAGCUGCGGGUGCCUUGAGAACUCUGGCCUUCAAAAAUGAUGAGAAUAAGCAUCAGAUAGUAGAAUGCAAUGCUCUACCCACUCUUAUUCUUAUGCUUCGCUCUGAAGAUUCUGCAAUACACUAUGAAGCGGUUGGUGUAAUUGGAAAUUUGGUGCACUCUUCCCCUAACAUUAAGAAGGAAGUUCUUGCUGCUGGAGCUUUGCAACCUGUCGUUGGAUUACUUAGUUCUUCUUGUUCAGAGAGCCAAAGAGAAUCUGCUUUGCUACUAGGGCAAUUUGCUGCAACAGAUUCAGACUGUAAGGUGCACAUUGUUCAAAGAGGUGCUGUACCACCACUAAUUGAGAUGCUUCAGUCUCCAGAUGCUCAAUUGAGGGAAAUGUCAGCUUUUGCACUUGGAAGGUUGGCACAGGAUUCACAUAAUCAAGCUGGUAUUGCCCAUAGUGGUGCUAUUCUGCCUUUAUUGAAGCUUCUUGAUUCAAAAAAUGGAUCUCUGCAACAUAAUGCUGCAUUUGCACUUUAUGGUCUUGCAGAUAAUGAGGAUAAUGUUGCGGAUAUAAUAAAGGUUGGAGGUGUUCAAAAACUUCAAGAUGGUGAAUUCAUUGUCCAACCAACAAGAGAUUGUGUUGCAAAGACUCUGAAAAGAUUAGAGGAGAAUAUUCAUGGACGAGUAUUGAGCCAUUUGUUGUAUUUGAUGUCUGUUGGAGAUAAGGUUGUACAAAAAAGAAUAGCUUUGGCCCUUGCUCACCUUUGUUCUCCAGAGGAUCAAAAGACAGUUUUCCUUGAUAACAAUGGAUUGGAGUUGCUUUUGGAGCUUCUAGAAUCUAAUAAUGUAAAGCAUCAACGCGAUGCUUCUGCUGCUCUGUGCAAGUUAGCUGAUAAGGCCAACUCGCUUUCUCCUGUCGAUGCAGCUCCUCCGUCCCCAGAACCUCAGGUGUACCUUGGGGAGCAGUAUGUAAAUAAUAAUACACUAUCGGAUGUGACAUUUUUAGUUGAAGGUAAACGAUUUUACGCCCACAGAAUUUGCUUGCUCGCAUCUUCUGAUGCAUUUCGAGCGAUGUUUGAUGGUGGUUACAGGGAGAGGGAUGCCAAAGACAUUGAGAUCCCAAAUAUCAAAUGGGACGUAUUUGAGUUGAUGAUGAGGUAUGUAUAUACAGGAUCAGUUAACGUCAAUUUGGAAAUCGCACAGGAUCUUCUAAGGGCUUCUGAUCAGUAUCUUCUCGAGGGACUAAAACGCCUAUGUGAAUAUGCAAUUGCACAGGAUAUUUCUGCGGAGAACGUCUCUCUCAUGUUUGAGUUGUCCGAGGCCUUUAAUGCUUUAUCAUUAAGAAAUGCUUGCAUUCUUUUCAUACUGGAGAACUUUGACAAGCUAAGUGCGAUGUGCUGUUUUUCGGAUUUGAUUCAGCGUAUAUUACCAGAGACUCGCAGUUACUUCGUAAGAGCACUCACCGGAAGCUGACUUGCGGAGGCAGAAGAUUAUCCUGGGCCUGAUUUUGUAUGGUUUUUGAUUAAUUCUAAUCUCAUCCAGAAGAGGCAAGAUGUAUAAAAUUGGUUAGUUUUUGUUGUAGUGGUAGUCCCAGAAUGGAAUUGCCAGAUAUAGCUAUCUUCAUCUGGAACUGGUGUUGUAAUCCCCCCGGUUGAAUAUGAAUGCUAUUAUUUCUUCCUUCACUGGCCUUGAAUGCAGGCUGCUCAGUAGUAUAUUUGCAGAGUUAUUUUCACUUUU